AUGAUUUUGCAACCACCGAGAAAACUUGAAACUAACCUUGCAGACGUCGUAGAACCGAAUGCUACACCUAUAAGAUUAAAGACCUAUCUCACAAGGAAUUUUGGAUUUAAUUUGAAAAACUCAACUAAUUCACUUCGUUUAGUCAAAUUCAUUGAACAAGAAUUCGAAAUGACAUUUCAAGAGGAAAUAAAAAUUAACAGAAAUCCAAGAUUUGAUGAUAAUAGAAUUCAUGUGGGUCUCUACUUUAUCAGUCCCACUGGAAAAAGGUAUGUCUAUGUAACCAACAUGGCCUCAAAAAUCUUUACUAACAAUUGCAAAAGCUUGAACGAAUUCGAUAUUGACAAUAUGAAAAAGUUGGGUAGUAGAAUAAACUUAAUUCCAAUUAUAGCCAAAUCGGAUUCUCUCACUGAUGAAGAAAUGCAACUAAAUAAAAGGUUAAUUUUAGAGUCUAUAAGAGAACAUGAAAUUCCAAUCUUCAACUUCUUGGACGAGUUUGUUGAUGAUGAGUAUGAUUAUCUCCGUACCUUGCAAGACAAACUACCUUUUAGCGUAAUUUCGGCUAAUUCCGGUCAGAAAAGAAAAACCAUAUGGGGAGAGAUCGACGUCAUGGAUGCGUCUAUAUGUGAUUUUCUGAUUUUGAAAAACAUAUUAUUUGGAUCUCAUAUUCAUGAGUUCAAGGAAAUUACUGUGAACAAAAAAUAUGAAAACUAUAGGAUUCAAAAGCUAUUGAACAGUAAUACCAACGAACCAAAAACGCCAAGCUCUUUGAAUAUUAAAUAA